GUGUAAAACCGCUAAUAUUGUUGGAGUAACUAAGACUUAGUAGACUCAGAGACGUAUAUACCAUAUACAAGUCUCUGGUAGAAUCUAAUAUCAUGUACAGUAGACUAAUUGAUAUAAAACUUAUGAGAGUAGAUUUGUUGAGAUUUUGAAAUAAGUACAAAACAUUGUGUGUGAUAGAAGUGAUUUUGUUUGAAGUAAAAGAAAUGCCAUAUAUCUAAGUGGUAAUAAUAAUUCAUCUCUGCUGAGUAAACGUCGAAUCCCAGUUGACAUGAACGUGUAGGCCAGACGGACGAGUCGAGUUUCACCUUGACCAAGAACGGUAACUCUAGUUUACAACGCGACAGCCAUCAGACACGACAGGUAGACUCGGGUCAGUAAAUUAUCAAUACUCCAGUAACCUGAAUGCUAAAGUCAAGGUCGACAAGUUAACAAUUGUGUCCACAUAUGAAGAAGGCAAUGGCCUCAAUAGCAACAGGAUUGACCAGUACAAUCAAGCUAAAUGAUGGAGUGAUCAUGCCUUUAUUUGGUCUUGGCUCGUACUUGUCGGAAUCUGGACAGGGUGGCCAGGCAGAGCGAGCGGUCACCCAUGCUCUUUCCAAGGGAUACAAACUAAUAGACACGGCAGAAUUUUAUGGCAAUGAAGCAGACGUUGGAAGAGGAAUAAGAAAUGGUGGCAUGAAGCGAGAAGAUGUGUUUGUUGUCACAAAACUCUGGGAAAAUGGUUACAAUCGAUGUAAGAAAAUAUUCAACAAAAGCCUGAAAAUGUUGGAUAUUGGCUAUGUUGACCUGUACCUGAUACAUAGUCCAUCUUCUGGCAAAUGUGUAGAGACCUACAAGGCCAUGCUGGAACUCAAACAGGAGGGACUGGUCAGAUCCGUGGGCGUCUCUAACUUUGGAGUACAACAUCUUGAGGGCUUGAGAAAGGCAGGGCUCCCAACUCCAUCUGUCAAUCAAAUUGAACUUCAUCCCUGGCAACAGAAGACGGAGAUUGUUGACUACUGCAGGAAGAAUGGCAUCACUGUCAUGGGGUACUCACCUUUAACCAAGGGACAGAAACUCUUGGACAAAACUUUAUUGGAAAUUGCAAAAAGAAUGGUGUGCCCGACUGGUCCUGUACGUGGAAUCCAUGUAAAAGCCCCUGGAAGGGAUGAUUGUUAUAAAUACAAUGUGGAUUGUAAUACUAGUAUAUAUAUGUUCAUGGAUUUUUUUAAAUAGAAUUUUACUGUAAUACAAUCAGAAUAAAGUUGUUGCAAAAUCCA